AUGCUGCUCGGUGGCGCCAUCAACAAGUCUUUCAGCACCGUGGACGGCCCCGGCGUGCGCUUCAUUGUGUUCACCCAGGGCUGCGCCAUGCGGUGCACGUUCUGCAGCAACCCAGACACCUGGGCGGUCCAUGGCGGCGAGAUGGUGUCCAGCAAGGACGUUGCGAGCCAGGUGCGGCGCGGCAGGCAGGCGCUCGCUGACGCGCGUUUGUUGCCGAGCAGCGCGCCUGUGCACGUGUGCGGCCUGCGGGUGUGCGGCCAGGCGAUCCGCCGCGUGCUGCCCUACCUCAAGUCCUCCCAUGGCGGCCUCACGUGCAGCGGCGGCGAGCCGCUGCUGCAGCCGCAGUUCACGGCCGCGCUGUUCAGGGAGGCGCAUGCGAUGGGCCUCACGACCACGCUCGAUACCACGGGGCAGGGCACCAAGCACAAGAACUGGGACGUGGUGCUCCCCCACACGGAUGGCGUCCUGUUUUGCAUCAAGUCGCUCGACCCAGACAAGUACCUGUCGAUGACGGGCCUCAAGCAGCUGGGCGCCCUCCGCUUCGCUGCUGAGCUGGCGGAGCGCGGCAUCCCGUUCUGGGCGCGCUACGUGCUCAUCCCUGGCCACACGGACUCCGACCGCGACGUCGGACUGUUCGCGGACUGGGCGGUCCAGCAGCCGACGCUGGCGGGGGUGGAGCUGCUGCCUUACCACCUGUACGGUAAGAACAAGUGGGAGGCGCUGGGGCUGAAAUAUCCGCUGGAGGGCGUGCCGACGCCGGCGCCAGAGGAGGUGAAGAGCGUGGUGGAGCGGCUGCGGGGCGCGGGGCUGCGCGUGCUGUGCGAGGGCAUGGCCAAGUCGGAGCUGUCAGGGGCGCACACUGGCGCCCACAGCUAG